AAACAAAAAAAAAAUGCCGUCCUUCUUUGUAGCUUAGUGUUGGUCCUAGUUUCAUAGUCGUGUUUCUUUAAAUAGAUAUUAAUUGUUUUUAAUUAAUUGUUUUUUAAACCCAGACAUUGGAACUGGUCGUAUUUAUUUGAACACAGCACGAUGGUAAACAUGUCCCACAGUAAAACGCAGGAGUUUUUAACGAACGCCUCUCUGUUUUAUAAAGACUCGUGUCCAGAGCAGGCGCGUUUCCUCAUGCAGAAGCAGCAGAUGAAUGGUAAGUUCUGAAAGCAGUUCCGGUGUAUUGCUUCAGGCUGGAUUCACAUUCACAGCUGAUUUGACGUGUUUCAGUAGUGGCCAUACAGUGUCUCUAAAAGAUUUUGAGGACACGAAGGGUCAGUAAAAAUAGCAAUCCUGGCUAAAGUGAAAUCUGACAGCGCACCAUACAAUCUAACCAAGCUCUAUACACACCAGGAGAAAUGUUCAUCUCUACACGCUACUACAAAUGAAGUUCCCUUCUGUCUGUGGAAGUAUACACCAAUCAGACAUAACCUUAAAACCAGACCGGUCAGAGCGCCCAUGCUGACCCUGUCCACCACCAAAAGCUCCUACAGUGGGCACGUGAGCAUCAGAACUGGACCAUGGAGCAAUGGAAGAUGAUGACCUGGUCUGAUGAAUCUUGUUUUCUUUUACAUCAUGUGGACGGCCGAGUGUGUGUGUGUGUGUGUUGCUUACCUGGGGAAGAGAUUAUACCAGGAUGCACUAUGGGAAGAAGACAAGCUGGCGGAGGCAGUACGAUGUUCUGCUGGGAAACCUUGGGUCCUGCUGUGGAUGUUACGUUGACAUGUACCACCUACCUGAACAUCGUUGCAGACCAAGUACACCCUAAUAGCAGUGGCCUCUAUAAGCAGGAUAAUGCGCCCUGCUACACUGCAAAAAUUGUUCAGGUAUAGUUUGAGGAACAUAAAGAGUUCACGGUGUUGACUUGGCCUCCAGAUUCCCCAGAUCUCAAUCCGACCGAGUGUCUCUCGAAUGUGCUGGACAAACUUACAGUAAUUAAAAGAUCUACUGCUAACGUCUUGCUGCCAGAUACCACAGCACACCUUCAGAGAGCUUGUGGAGUCCAUGCCUCGACGGGUCAGAGCUGUUUUGGUGGCACAAAGGGGGCCUAUACAAUAUUAGGCAGGUGUUUUUAGUAAAAAUUAGUGUAAAAUUAAAUUUACACUCCAAAUGGGAGCAUCUGCUAUUCAGGAGGGGGGUUGUCCAAACCUUAAUUCUGUAUGUGAAAGAAAUAUCUGUUGUACUGCAGUGCAUGCUAUCAUCUGUUUAAUUCAGUCUCGGAAGACAUGCUGUAAACAAUCUCUCAGUAAUCAAAGCAGCAGAGAGAGAGAGAGAGAGAGAAGAAAAGCAAAAUAAACAUUAGAUAAUUAUUAACUUAAUUAUGAGUCUGUUUGUGUGUAACGGUAUGACUGAUUAUGGCUGUGUGUAAUGAGAGGUUCUAUUUUCAAGAUUUUAUGAUUUUAUGUAACAGGUCUAAACACACAUGAUGACUGUUGAAUGUUGUUUGUUUCAGGCCCUGCGCUGCCAGACACAGUUCUGUGCCCGUUCUGUUUUCAGUGGCGCCGACCUGGAGAGUACCACGUGCGAUUACGGCCCAAGCGCAGACCCUCGGUGUGUAUCGGGAAGCUGCUCAGGAGGGAGCAGGCCCGCAAGAGCCUCAGUUCACAGGAAAUCAAACUUCUUCAGAGGUUCAGAAGAGCUUCCAGCAUUCUGAUGGCCACCUGCCUCACGUGUAAUAAUACGUCCAGGCAAAUUGGGAUGAACAGGGAUUUUCUGGGGACUUUACCAAAGAACACCCCAGUGAGCAUGUCAAAAUGUAGGACUCCUCAGUCUGCUACCAAAGUGACACCCAAGCCCAACCUCCAUCAAAAAACACCAAGCAGAACACCAGAGGCAAGACCAUCUGAAUGCACCAGCUCCUUGACGUCAGGCAGCGGGAAGAAAGCUGUUUUCUCACGUCUUAAGAAGAUUCUGAUGCUUGAGGACAGCCAGAAGAGAAAGAAAGGGGGUCUGAAAGACUUCCUCACCUCCCUUUAAGAAGCUUGUGGACUACAGAAACCCAGAAACCCCACGGUCUAGCCUCGUUUAGUUUAGAGCAACAGGUUUAAGGGGGAAUGGAGCAGAAGAUGGUUGUGCUCACUUUGGUGUAUACUACAGUGACACCUGGUGGAUGACUCUCUAAAGUCUGGUUUACAGACGUGAGGCCCUUUUACCUUCCGUGUCUUCCAUCCCCGUUCCAGUCAGGACGAGGACUAGAAGAGAACUGACUGCCUUUGCAAAUGUUUUUCAGUACAGCUGAUAGGCUGUAAACGCUACAGCUACAUUAAAUAAACGUUAUUCAUUCCUGUCAUUGUUGUGUUCGCUGACGUGUUUCAUUGUCUUCAGUUUUUCCAUCUUGUCUAGUGCUCCUUCAGAGACCCUCACAUGUUCACAACUUACUCUCUGUAUUCGCUGUUCAUGUUCGUUUAAUUCAGCAGGAACAGAAUUUUGAAAAUGUUGACUCUCGGUUUAUUGAAUUGCUAAACACUGGGAAAGAGACAGCAUUGCUUAUGCCAUGUUUUUGAAGUGAGAUAAAUUAUAGAUAUGCUGUGUAAAUAUAGAUGUAUUUUGGAGUUUGUACACAAUCUUUUUAACUAGGCCACUGCCAUUUUUUUUUUUUUUUUGCUUAAAUCUUGUAUUCUUUUGUAACAGGACUGUUUUGUACACUUACGAUUCACACAGUUGGUCAGUUGUGAUUAGUAUUUAAGGGCUAUUAGUGGUUUAUUAAGGGUUUACAUUCAAUGGACUGUUUUUGCCCUAAAACUGUAUUGCAAGGACCAAAGAUGUGUGUUGCUGUAGCCACAUUGAGAUCAGUGUCAAAUGAAUGCAAAUUGUAUGCAAACUUCACUUAUUUUCAAUAAAUCAGUUGUGAAAAAGA